UUACAAGAAGACAGCGCGAAGAAGUCUCGGUCAUCUCCACCCAGAGAUGCAGUACAUUCCAUAGAUAAGAUAACCUAUGAAUCAGCCAGGUUCAAUAGGACAACAGGUGCAGAAAACCGUCUAGAACAAAAUACAGAAUCAGCUAUACAGUACGACAAUAGCUCAAAAUUUACUGAACAAUUACAGGUAUAGAAGUGAUUAUAUAAAAUAAGCAAGCAUAAAGUAACAAACUACAAAAAAAAGUUCUUUACUUUAUUCCUACAAGGGAGAGGACAUUGUUGGUGUGUUCUGGUGCAGUAUCUGAACCCAAAACAUCAGUAUUCCUUCCUUAUAUGCCCGCAGUUGCAGCCCGCCCUCCAGCAGUUUGUUACAAUCUGAUUUUGAAGCAGCUACAUUUUGUAUGCAGUUGGGAUGCUGAGAUGUCGAGGGAUCUUGCCUUGGUGUCCUGCUAAAUUAUUCACAACAGGCUGGUACAUCAGUCCAGCAGGUAAUGAGCAAGACUAACAGAUUGUUGUUUAUUGCAAGGAGGUGUGAAUAGAAAGGGUGGGGAGGGGAACAGUUACGUUUUUCCCCUACUAGUGUGACCACUACAAGAUGUUUUGGUGGAGGCAGAUAUGAUAGAGACUUUUAAGAGGCUUUAACCACAUCUUGGAAUAUUUGGUUGUCCCAUUACAGGAAGGAUAUGGAAGCUUUAGAGAUUUACCAGGGUGAUCCCUGGAUUAGAGAACAUGUCUUAUGAGGAGAGGUUCAACAAGCUCGGGCUUUUUUCUCUGGAGUGGCGGAGGAUGAGAGGUGACUUGCUAGAGAUGUGUAAGAUGAUAUGAGGUAAAGGUAGAAUUGACAGUCAGAAGCAUUUUCCCAGUGUGGAAAUGACUAAUGCGAGAGGGCAUAAUGUCAAGGUGACUAGAGGAAAGUGAAGGGAGUAACGACAGUGCAGGUUUUAGCGCAACACUUUUACAGCUCGGGGCGACAAGAGUUCAGAGUUCAAUUCCAGUACAAUCUGUUAGAAGUUUGUACGUCCUUCCCAUGAGCAUGUAGGUUUCCUCACACAGUCCAAAGACGUACUGGUCAGUGGGUUGAUCGGACAUUGUAAAUUGUUCUGUGAUCAGGUUGGGGUUAAAUAGGUGGGUUGCUGAAUUGUUCUGUGAUUAGGUUGGGGUUAAAUAGGUGGGUUGCUGGGCGGCACUCAUUGGACUGCAAGGGCCUGUCUGUGCUGGAUCUCUAAAUAAACGGGCACGUCAGAGGUAGGUUUUUAUUAAACAGAGAGUGGGGGGUGAGUGGGAUGUCCUACCAGGCGUUGUGCUAAAGGCAGAUACGUUAGGGACAUUUAAGAGACUUUUAAAUAGGGACAUGAAUGAAAGGAAAAUCAAAGUUCAAGAUACAUAUAUUAUCAAAGUUUGUAUACAGUAUACAAGUUUGAGAUUUUUCUUCUUGUAGGCAACCACAAAACAAGAAACACAUAGAACUCAUUUAAAGAAAAACCCACACAAGACCAUCAAACUCCCAAAGUGCAAACAAAACCCAAAUCGUGCCAACAAUAAAAAGUAACCAUUAACUGCAGAGACCCCAAAAUUGAAUCCUCAGUGCUGUGCUGAUGGCCACAGGGUUAGUUCACUGUGGAAGCACUCAGAUGAAAUCAUGAAAAUUGUAAAAAAAAAAGUAUACAAAAAAACACAAGGAACAUGAAUUGCAGAGAUCCGGAAACAAGUUCACAACCGUGGAGCGCUCAGUCGAGCCUGUCCAGUAGCCCAAUGGUUGCAGGAACCUAAGGCUCCUGCACCUUCUGCCCACCAGUAGCAGUGAGGGAGACCAGUCAGAUGGUGCUGAACACAUUUCGGGUCAGCGAUGCCUCUGCCUCCACAGAUGCUGCUCGACUGACUGAGCUCCUCCACUGGUUUGUUUUUUGUCUUCAGAUCCUGAGGAGUGGGUGCAAACAGCAUAUGCUGCUGCUUCUGAGAUGGGGGUGGGGUGGGGAGGGGGUUGUCACCGUUCAAAAAUCAGGAAUUGCUAAUUGAAGGCAAUUAUGUCAUAACUUUUUAUUUACAUACGGCGUGGAAUAGGCCCUUCUGGCCCAGCGAGCUGCAUCACCCAGUAGCCCAAUGAUCUGAACCCGAGUCUAAUCACCGGACAUUUACAAAGACCAAUAAAUCUACCAAUGGGAGGAAACCAGAGCACCCAGAGAAAAGCCAUGAGCACUCAGGAAGGAACAACGGAAUCAGGUUUAUUAUAACACCGUAAGAUACAGGAGCAGAAGUGGGCCAUUCAGCCCAUCAUGUCUGCUCCGCCAUUCCAUCAUGGGCUGAUCCAAUUCUUCCACUCAUCCCCACUCCCCUGCCUUCUCCUCAUACCCUUUAUCACUGUCAUGUGUCAUGAAAUUUGUUUCUGAAUACGCAAACUUGCUUAUAGAGAAUUCCAGAACUGGACUCCGAACUUUGACCGCCUGAGCAUUAAUAGUGUCAUGUUAUCAGUUUUAUAAAACUGAUUAGACAGCAUACGGAAUAUUGCAUUCCUUCAUGGCAGGAAGUAUAUGGAGAUUUUGGAAAGGAUUAUUCCCCUUAGACAUUUCAUCUUUCACCCGUAUCCUACCUGUGACCUCUAGUUCUAAUCUCACCCAACCCAAGGGGAUAAAAACCUACCUUAUUGACAUCUCUAUAAAAUCUCCCCUCAUUCUCUUGCGCUCCAGGGAAUAAAGUUCCACCAUAUUCAACAUCUCUAACUCCCAGCAACAUUGUAAAUUUUCCCUGCAUUGUUAGGUUAAUUAGCUUGGCACAACAUCGUGCACCACAAGGCCUGUUCAUCUCCUGUACUGUUCUAUCAGAGGCAGGAACCAGAGGAGAGGUGAUUAUACCUCAUGCAGGGGAUGAGGUUUAUACACCUAGUGAGUGUACAGAAUAGGAAAGAGGGGUUAUAACCCCAGUGAGGGUACAGGUGUAACCCAAGUUAGAAUGCAGUGAUCAAGUGAGGUGAUUAUAUCCAAAGUAGGGUAGGGGGGGGGGGAAGGAGGGUUAUAUUCUAUAUGAUAUGAACUCAUAGACCUAGCUACAGUAUGGAGCAGAAGGGGAGCAGGAUUGUACUCCACUUUGCAGGUAGAGAGGCCACAGAAAGGUUAUACCCACAGUGAGGAAAUAGGGGCAGGGAAGUAGGUUUAUACUCCCAGUAAGAGUAUAGGGAGCGGACUAAGUGUUUCCAAGAUGGGGGGCAGGGGUUGAUUAAAGUCAGUGGGUAUAAAGGGACAGGAGGACAGGAUUUUUUCCUCAGUGAAAUAGGGGCGGGGGGUUUAUACCCUAAUGUAGAUAAUAUUACAUAGAUAGUUACUUCCCACUUUUAACCCGCAUUCCCCCUCUUUCUGUCCGCAGAGUUCCGAUGCCCGAGGGGGCCACCGGCCCGGGGCCCAAGCCUGUCAGCAUGUCUAGGAUCCGCCUACGGGACGCGGGCUACCCGGAUCAGCUGCUGGGCAGGGCGCAGCGGCUCCGGCAGCGGGCUAGUCUGUGCGACGUAGUGAUCCACGCCGGCGGCCAGGAGUUCGCCGCCCACCGUCUGGUGCUGGCCUGCGCCAGCCGCACACUGGAGCGCCUCUUCCAGUCGCCUGGUCCCCGCUACACGCUCGACUCGCUGGCCGGCCGCACCUUUGCCCACAUCCUCGAUUAUUCGUACACCGGCGCGCUGGAUGCACGGACCGAUGAGCUGGGCGAGCUGCUGCGGGCCGCCGGGCUGCUGGCCAUGGACGGUCUGCGCCAGCGCCUGCUGGAGGCAGCCGCAGGCCUCCAGCUCUCGGUCGCAGCCGAACCCCCACUGCCCCGCGGCAGUGUCAUCACCUCUCCAAGCGGUCGACCGCUACCCGUGGUUACCACCGUCCCACUCGGACGUCACUGGCCAGCACUGGCACCGGAGGACCAGGCCACCGGAUUGCCUGGCGGAGCGAUGCCGGAGUCCAACCCGAGACCAUUGGAGCCGGUGAAAUCCUACCCCUGCGACGUAUGUGGGAAGGGGUUUCUAGAUAGUCUGCGCCUCCGAAUGCAUCUAUUGGCACACGCAGGGAAUGAGCAGGUGCCCCUGUGCUUGCUGUACCACAAAGGUUUGGAGACGCAGUCUGCCACACUGCAGCCCCUGGGCACUCAUAGUGAGGCCAGCACCUACACUUGUAGUGAAUGUAACCGCCCCUUCCCCAGCCCCACAGCAUUGAAACAUCACUUAAAGUCACAUACAGGAGACCCUCCACAGGUCUGCGCCUGCUGCCCCCAUCGCUUCCACCACGGGGAGCCGCCCGGCGGGAAUCGGCGGACUCAGCAGAGCGAGAAACCCUUCCGGUGCAGCCACUGUCACAAGCGGUUCAGCCUAAAGCACCAGCUGGAGACGCACCUCAGGAUCCACACUGGUGAGAAGCCUUUUGAGUGUAAGCUAUGCCGCCAGCGCUCUCGUGACUAUUCGGCCAUGAUCAAGCACCUGAGGACCCACAACGGCGCCCUGCCCUACCAGUGCACCAUCUGCCGCCUGUACUGUUCUAGCCUCGCCUCCAUGCAGAAGCACAUCAAGUCACACAAGCCCGAGGAGGUGCCCCCAGAGUGGAGGCUGGAGGAGACCUACCUGUAUGCCUGCUACAUAUGACUGGGCCGCAGAGGUUCCCCGACAACCCUUCACAUUAAAAUGUGGGACUAUUUCUCGGCUAACUCUCUGAGUGGACUUCAGCACAAGAGGACCCACAACCUUUUGUCAUGGUCUGGUCCAUGAAGUCCGCAUUCCGGUUCACGGUCCGGUUUGUGGACUCAGGACUCCGGGUCUUCCAGCUGUCCCUUGUUUUGGCUGAGUUAAUCAUAGGCACCUGAUUCCCAUCUUGUGGCUUGGAAUAUAAGUGGCCUUGGAGUCAAGUGUGGGCUGCUGGUUUGUCUUGUCAAGAUCCUCUGGGAGCAACCUGCUGAUGGAAGGCUAGAGUGGCCACUUGCCAUCUUUAGGCCACGUUGGGGAACAAUCCCAUCAUGGAGCCUUGCUGUCAGUAAUCUGAGCUGUCUUUGUGGUAUGGAUUCAGCUGUUUCCUGGGCCAGUUGAGUGCCGUCAGCCACUCCGAGCUUGGUAGGGAUCCGGCUAUUUCCGUAGCCAGCCGAGGUCGCUGGCCGUAACUGCAACUCGGAGAAACCCCGAAACAGAGAUGGAACUGUCUGUCAUUCUUCGAUGUUUGUCUCUUCUUGACCUCACCUCCGUGGGGUAAGUCAGGCGUUCUGCCAUUGCCCUGCGGGGUGGGGGGAUCUGUCUUGUCCUUGCCUCUGUGGGGUAAGUCAGGCCGUUCUGCCUUUGCCCUGCAGGGGGCUCUGUCUUGUCUUGUCCUUGCCUCCGUGGAGUAAGUCAGGCCGUUCUGCCGUUGCCCUGUGGGGGGACCGUCUUGUCUUGUCUUUGCCUCUGUUGGGUGAGUCAGGCCAUUCUGCUGUUACCCGACGGAGUGACCUUUCCCACCUUGGUGUGGAGAAGAAGUUGAGUCCUGGCUUGUCUAAGUAUAAGUCCCAGCUCCAUGUCUAUGUACUGUCCUAUCUCAUGUUGGUGUCCCGGCUUUUCGAAGGAUAAGUCCCGGCUCUAUGUUGAUGUUCAGUUCCCAGUCUGUCUCCGAACUCCAGCCUCCGAGUUAUCAGCCACCGCAUUCCAAGACCCAAGACCUGAGCCUGCAGCCUCAAGACCCAAGACUCCAACCUGCAGCCUCAAGACCCAGGACCCCAGCCUGCAGCCUCAAGACCCAGGACCCCAGCCUGCAGCCUCAAGACCCAAGACUCCAGCCUGCAGCCUCAAGACCCAGGACCCCAGCCUGCAGCCUCAAGACCCAGGACCCCAGCCUGCAGCCUCAAGACCCAAGACUCCAGCCUGCAGCCUCAAGACCCAGGACCCCAGCCUGUCUGCAAGCUCGAGCCUCAGGACCCCAGCCUGUCUCCAAGACUCAAGACCCCAGCCUCAAGACUCAAGACUCAAGAUUCAAGCCUCAAGACCCCAGCCACGUCCUGUAGUCAUGUCAUAUCCUUGCCAGGUUCUGGGUCCAUGUCCAGUCUCUGGCUCGGAGCCCAAGCCCAGGCUUCUAGUGCAUAGUUCCUUGUCCAAGUUCCCUGUCUUGUCCAUGUCCUAGCCCAAGUCUGCGUUCUUGUCCACGCUCCUUGUCUGUAUCCUGUCAUGUCUCUACUCUAGUCAAGUCCUGUUCCUCGUACUUCAGUGUCUGUGUUUUGCAUUUGGGUCCGCUACCAGCGGCCCCAUUGUGACACCUUUCUCUUCCUCUCCUCCGGUCCCUCCAUCUCUUCCCCACCCCAUCAGCAGACCAACGCACACCCCGGAGGAUAGCUCUUUCCCCCACAUCCCCGCACCAGUUCUGUCAAUCUCAGCCGGCCCAGUGAGUCUCUGCUGAGGGACUGUCAGGUUCUUAUCCUCCCUUCUGAGCACCAGCAGCUCCAAAAUUUGCAGAAUGGCUUCUCCAGAGGGGGUUUCUAGCAAGCUGGUCAAAUAAUGGGUGUUGUUGUUCAGAGACUCCACCUGUCUCCUAAUGCCUUCCCCCUCAGACCUCCCCUUUCCCCACUCCUCCCCACUCAGGGCAGAUAGACAACCCACCCUUGUUCCUCUUUCUCUGACCCUCAUGACUGUUCCAACUGACCACUGCUGAAUUUCUACCUCAUUCCCAUUCCCCUGAACAUCCAUCCAGCUUCCAAAUGAACUCAGUGAUGGACCCUCUGUGGGGGAGAGAAUUCCAGACUCCCCUCCCCCAAACUCCUUAACCCUCUGGGUGAGGAAAUAUCUUCCCAUCUCAUGAUUUUUCUUAUUCCCCAUUCUGGUUCCCCUCUCACACCUUCUCUUCUCCUCACCUACCCAUCAUCUCCCUCUGGUGCCCUUUCUUCCAUGAUCCACUGUCUUCUCCUAUCAGAUUCCUUCUUUGCCUCUUCCACCUAUCACCUCCCAGAUUCUUAAUACAUUCCCUUCCCUCACUCACCCUCACAUAGUGUCACCUAUCACCCUCCAUCUUGUACUCCUUCCCCUCCUUUCACCUUCUUAAUCUGGCAUUUUUCUCCUCCCUUUCCAGUCCUGAUGAAGCGUUUUGGGCCCGAAAGGGCGACUAUUCAUUUUCAGAUGCUGCUUGACUUGCUGAGUUCCUCCAAUGUGUUGCUUAAGAUUUCAAGCAUCUGCAGAACCUCUUCAGUUUCUGCCUUCCUAUCCCUGACCCUUAUACUCAGACUCCCUUGCCCCCCCAUGCCCUUAUCCUGGGAGGGGGUUGAGAUAGAUGGGAAACAACCUCCCUGGUGGGACUUUAAGCCCCACUUAAAACACAUCCCCUAAGCUCAGCGUGGGCUCCCCUCCAGGGUAUGGAUUCCCUGUCAAUCUCACGAGAGUUUGGGAGACAGGAGGGAUGGAUCAUUUGGCUGGUGGGGUGUAUGGGGGUUCCUUCUACCCAGGAGGGGAUGGGACAUUUCCACCUGCAUCCUCUUCCCAACCCCUCUUCUCUCCCCUCAAACCACAGCAGGUUGUAGGCACAGAAGAGCCAGGUGCACCCUACAGCUCCCUCCCCUCUCAGUCCCCAGGUCAAUGAGGCCGCUCUUCCCUUCACCUGCUUACUCUCCCACAUCAAUUAUGUGGCUCUCUUUCACACACCCUUUGAGUUUCAAGUUUUUGCCAAGGACUCAUGUUCCCAGGGUCUCAAUGCCAUGAAAAUCAGUAGCACAGUAUGUUAUAAACAUAAGCUAAAUUAUUCAAAACUCCCAGGAACCACAAACACAAAGAAAACCCCAUGAGAUUAGUAACAUACAUGAAAUGCUCGAGGAACAUAGCACCUGUGGAGGAGACUAAACAGUUUGAUGUACAAAAUUAGUGCUAGUGGAGGGAAAUAGAGUAUGAUGAUGGAUGUCACCUUCGUGAGUCCCUGCCUCUUGUAGAUGUUCCUGGUUGGUGGGGAGAGAUGUAUCCAUGAUGGAACUGGCUCACUCCCACUGCUUUCUACGGCUUCCUGUUCACAUCCGGUAUGCA